UAGCAAUCUCCCCCUUGUUUGCAUAGUUUGGAACGUUUUUUUAAUUUGUUAGUUUCGGGUUUUCUGCGAGACAGCACCAAGUAUUUUUUUUAUUUAUUGAAAAUGCAGCUUUUGCAAAAAAUAGUAUAUCCGAAACUUCGAACAAUUCUCUUUCGAUCAUGUCGUCACAUACACUCGGAACGAGAUGCCAUUGUUGUAGCAUCAGCAGUUCGUACGCCAUGGGGCUAUCCAUUGGGUGAAAUAUCUUUGGUACGACCAACUGCACUGAUCACGGUGGCUUUAGAGGCUGCCAUCAAACAAGCAGGAGCCCCAUUAGAGAAAAUAAAACAUAUUUCUGUAGUUCAGAAAUCUUGUGGAGAGUUGCAGUUGAAUUUGGAUGAAAUAUGUAAUGGCUAUUUAAAGAAAGCUAACAUUCAAAUUGAAAAUGAGGUAGAGCAGAAACAUAGUGCUUAUUCAUCCCUGGUGAAAAGCAUUGGAGAACUAAUGGCUGGUAGUUCCGAAUUUGUUGUAGUUGGUGGGGUAGAAACCGCAUCGGAAAUACCUCAUAACCAGGGAGUUAUAAACAAUGGAGAUUAUUACAAAUCAUUACAUCAUAGAGCUACUUUUCAAGGAUUAUACGAUGUUGAACUAGUCCCUUUGAGAAUAUUGCAACAAUUGCCAAAUCAAAGAAGAUUUCAAAUAGAAAUUGAACAAGAUGAAGUUAAUGAAGAAAACAGUUCCACAUAUCAUGGUGCGGCGGCAUUGGUACUUACCACCAUGGCCAAGGCAUUGGAAUAUAAUAUAAAACCUUUGGCUAAGCUAAAAGAUUACAAUAUUGUGGAAAAUGCAGACAUUGAGAAAAUGCCACUGGAGGUGCGGCACAUAGUGGAGAGAUCAAAUGUUGAUAUUAGUCAAAUUAUGCAUUGGGAAAUUAAUAACAAUGCCCUGAAUACAAUUCAGGACAAAUUUAAUAUACCAGAAUACAUUAAUCCUUAUGGUUGUAGUUAUUUAACUAACUCUUCAGCGGCUUCGUUGUAUCGCAUGCUGACACACAUGAGCCACAGUCUUCAGCCGUAUAAUUUGGGAGGUUUAAUUCAUUCAAACGACAAUGAUGCUUUAAUUGCUCUAAUGGAGAAAUUACAUUUUCCAAAUGCCCAGGGCACACUACCCCGCCUAACAUUAUUCACCAAGGACCCGUGUCAUUUGUGUGAAAUGCUGGUAGUAGAUUUAGAAAUGAAUUUUCUCGGUGAAUAUGAAUUGGAGAAGGUGUACAUAGAUAAGAAGGAGAAUGUACGUUUCUUACGUUUAUAUCGCCAUGAUAUACCUGUUCUUUAUUUGAAUGGUCAAUUUCUUUGUAUGCAUCGUUUGAAUGCUAGAGUUUUAAGACAAAAGUUGGAUAUGUUGAAGAAGAGGAAGCAAAUUCAAUAAAUAAAAAACGAAGUCGUUUUGUGCACAAUAAUCAAUUCUAUCUCCAAAUAAAUGAAAAAUUAGCGAUGCUAUUGCGUUGUUGACCUAGAAAUAGCAAAACAAACUUUAUUGACUAUGAGAAUAACAGGAUGGUAUGUAAAUUGAUAGUCCACGUAUAGUGCAGGGACGGGCAG